CUGUUUGAAAAAUGUCGCACGUCGUACGAGAUGUCGCACGGAUUUGAUUUUACCGUUUCGAUAUCGAUUGGUCGAAAGGACGACAAAUGGACGACAAACAAUCGACAUGCAUGACAUCGUUUUUUGCAUCGAUUUUCUGACAGAUUGACGUUUCGGCGGCGUCGGCGAAAAAACUUUGACAGUUUACAUCAAGCAAAAACUUGUUCAGACUGGAUUGAACAAAAGCUAAAAAUUGAGGUUGAAAAUGUAGUGUGCAAAACCAAAUCGGAGCAAAAAGUUGGUUGGUAAGUUGGUUUAAGUAGUUAGAGGUAGUUAGUUACUUUCUAUUUCUGUGAAUAUUUAUUGGGAACCGUUCUUUACCUCGUGUAUUCAGAUGCAGUACAGCCGGAUACCGAGCCACCCGUGGAAAUAUGGUUCGAAGCCGGGCAUGGCAUUGGCCUCCCCACAGUCAGCACCGAUCCUGGCCCAAGGCCAACACCAUCCGGCUGGUGGUAAAGGCGGUCUCUUCAAUAUGCAGUAGUUUCCGUUGCCCAAUUCGCUACCCCCCCAAACCAUAAUGAAGCGUGGCGAGCCAUUUCCAUCAUCAAUCCUAAAAUACAUGAGGACGUACAUGCAACGAUUUGGCUUUUCCUACCUCCUCUUUGACAUCUACAGCCGGAUCCGGAGCUCAACAACAACAACAGCAGGCUUCACACAACAGCCUCAACCUGCCGUCAACUCCGACCUACAACACAACUCCUCCGAAUGUAAUGCUACUCCUGAACUGAGCGGACCUCCCGCCGGCAUGGGACCGAUGCAUCAUAAACCACCAACACAUCUCCGCCAUCCGCCGCCACACGUUCACCAACACGGACCGCCGCAGAUGCCACAGAUGCAAAUGUCCCCGCACGAUCACCGCUGCGGACUAGAGAACCUCUAUGUUCUCUUAUCAUUUCAACACCCAGCAGCAUCUCCCGCACCAUCCGAGCCCCGCGGAAAUGAAGCAAGAAGUCACCCAAUAUAAGCGGAAGUGCCGGAGCGGUUCAAACGCAAGAAUCGACGGAAUUUACGCCACCGACAGGCCAGCGAAGGCCGCCACCGCAUCGAUGAUUCCUGCCAAAAAGUCGUGCUAGCUUAACCUCAUCGAGAACGACGCGGAACAGUGGGUUCCGGACAAUCCAUCCAGAAAGCAGAAAUACUCGCGCGAUCAGCUGAUGCAGCUCAAGAAUACGGCAACGGCAUGCAAAACAAAAAAACGCGAAUCUGCACAACAGAUUGGAGAACGUCUUGGAGAACUACUCGUGCGUGGUCCAAACGAAAAGGGCAUGAACGAGCAUCUCCGAGAUGCUUCUGCCACCGUUCAUCAAAGAUUGCAAAAUUAUUUCCGAGAUGCUGCUGCCAGGCCUGCUACUGGUGGCGGAGGAAGAGGAGUCGAUGGCAACAUGAGCCAUAUGAGACAACGAUACAUUCCAAAACGACCGUCUUAGCAGGGCAACAGCGGCCAGUUCGGAUCACAGUCAAACAAACAAUCCCAGCAUGGUUCCGGAUGUGUAUCGCAGGUCCCAGAUGCUCAAAGACAUCCGGGAGAAGACGAUGGGGGUGGACGAACGACCCACGGAAUCGAACUCGGUCGUCGUGGGAUGGCCAACGGCAUCAGAACCAGAAUCUAUGGGAUGGCCAAUGGCCUCAGAACCAGGAUCUAUCUCAGUUAUUUUGAAAACAGUGAAAUUAAGUGCAGUGAUAUUGAAAAUGUUCGGAAGGUUAUUCCAGUAUCAUGUUAAAUUACAAAAAAUAAUAACAAU